AUGGAUCUGUCUUCUGAGCACAGCUCUCCUGAAGCGCACUCUUGCUCUCGUGGUGUUCUUCGACGCUCUUUUGGUGCUCCUUCUCGCUCCUCUGGUGCUCCUCCUCGCUUCUCUGGUACUCCUUCUCGCCCCUCUGGUGCUCCUCCUCGCUUCUCUGCUACUCCUUCUCGCCCCUCUGGUGCUCCUCUUCGCUUCUCUGGUACUCCUUCUCGCCCCUCUGGUGCUCCUCCUCGCUUCUCUGCUACUCCUUCUCGCCCUCUGGUGCUCCUCCUGGCUCCUCUAGUGCUCCUUCUCGCCCCUCUGGUGCUCCUCUUCGCUUCUCUGGUACUCCUUCUCGCCCCUCUGGUGCUCCUCCUCGCUUCUCUGCUACUCCUUCUCGCCCCUCUGGUGCUCCUCCUGGCUCCUCUGGUGCUCCUUCUCGCCCCUCUGGUGCUCGUUGUCGCUCUUCUGGUACUCCCUCUCGCUCCGGUGAUUCUCCUCCUCGCUCCUCUGGUACUCUCUCCCGCCCCUCUCAGAUCUCAGCAAGAACUGUUGAGGCUCCACCUGAUGCCUACGCUGAACCGCCGUGCAAGUCUAAGCUAG